CGUCCGCGUGACCGGCAGUUGGUCAUGUGACGUGGGGGCUGGCCGGGCCUCUCAAGAUGGCGGUGUGCAUCGCGGUGAUCGCCAAAGAGAAUUACCCUCUGUACAUUCGCAGUGCUCCCACAGAGAAUGAGUUGAAGUUCCACUAUAUGGUGCACACAUCCCUGGACGUGGUGGAUGAGAAGAUCUCUGCAAUGGGGAAGGCAUUGGUCGACCAGAGGGAGCUCUACCUGGGCCUGCUCUACCCCACGGAGGACUAUAAGGUAUACGGCUACGUGACCAACUCCAAGGUGAAGUUCGUCAUGGUGGUGGACUCUUCCAAUACAGCCCUUCGAGACAAUGAAAUCCGCAGUAUGUUCCGGAAGCUGCAUAACUCCUACACAGACGUGAUGUGCAACCCCUUCUACAACCCGGGGGACCGCAUCCAGUCCAGGGCCUUUGACAACAUGGUGAUGUCUAUGAUGGUACAAGUCUGUUGAGCAGAAGCUUCGCUGCCGGCCAUCUCAGGAGCGUCUGCACAUCACUAAUGUGGAGACAUCUGUCAUUGCUUCUUCCCUGACGUGAUGUACUGCUUGGGGGCAGGAUCUCUCACAGUGCAUCUCAACUAAAGGUCUUGUGAGAUGAAACUUGGCUUUUUCCCUUCUAUGUCUGCAGAAGAUGUAACUAAGGAGAGUUCAGCUAAAGACCUCUUGGGCAUGUGGGCACAGGUUAGGGACCAAAGCCAGCAGGAAGCUGUCCCCACUCAGCAGAAGGGUCAGGACCACCUGGUGCCCAGAGGAACCUGCAGGCAGGGUGACCUCUGGUGUGGUCAGCCCGUACUCCUUCCUCUGCCCUUGCUGUGGCCCCCAUCAGCCAGACAGGUACAGAGUUCUGUGGAGGUUGGCCUCUUGAGCCAGGAGCCAGCCUGGGAUGUAGGGACCACAGCACUUCAUGGGUAAGAACCUUUCUCCUCUGGACUUGGCUUCCAUUGUUUGCAUCUGACCCAUGGUCUGGCCUCCGCCUUGGCCUCAGGAGAAGCCGUCGUGAGAUGUGGGAAGCCUCGUGGAUCCAGACAUCUAGCUGCCUGCUGUGUGCUGCCUGUGUGCAGGAAUGAGCAGGUGUGAAGAGCCCCUGCCUGUCUGCCCUGGGAGCAAGGCUGAGGGUGAUGAGCUGCCACUGGGUCUCAACCUGCUGGUCCUGACCCCUGUGAAGUCCAGGUGACGACAGGGAGUGCGAUGACAGCCCACAGGAUCAGGGGAACAACUUGGCUGCGUGGUGACUGCCCAGGGGGUGGCAGAGGUGACAAGGACCACAUGUCUCCGGUGCUGUUGGCUUCCUAGAGUUGAGCAACCCAAGACUGGGCCAUGGAGGAGACACCCCCAGAGGCCCCCCCCACGGCCUCCCAGAACUGAGUUUCCCCAGGCCCUUCAGGAGGGAGCAGCAGGGGUGCCCUGGGGAACAGGAGGCAUCGGUGGGUGAGCCUGGGAUGGGGGUGGGCUUUUCUCUCUGUACCUUUGAGUUGUGCUUCUAUCCAUCGGGCACAAUAUUAAUUUCAUAAAUUAUGGAAGAAGAA